AUGGGAAGCAUUGACUCGACAAGCCUAUUGAAUGAAGCCACGGGGGGCACCGCCGUUGGCGACCAAUUUCCACUACUUCCAGAGAGAGUCAAGGAGGCAUCGGCACAUCUCAAUGGGUCGGCGUUGCAUGAACAUGCGCUCAAGAAAGUAGCCGACGCUCCAGCACCACCCAUAACGUAUCCGCCCUCCCCCUGGAAGCCCAGGUUUGAGCUCGAGAAUCAUGGCAUCGACGAAGCUAGGAGUCUGCGAGUCGUCGUCAUUGGCGCCGGUCUCUCCGGGGUCCUGGCAGGAAUCUUGUUGCCAGCCAAGGUCCCCAAGAUUGACUUGACAAUCUAUGAAAAGAAUGCCGAUGUGGGUGGCACCUGGUUCGAGAACGUCUACCCCGGAGUGAGAUGUGAUAUUCCUGCCAAUGUUUACCAGUCCACGUUCACCCCACGAACUCAGUGGAGCGAGAAGUUUGCUCAAGGCAGUGAGAUCUUGCAAUACUGGCAGGACCAGGCCCGCAAGUAUGAUGUGUACCGCUAUGUGAAGUUCAACUCGAGCAUCCAGACAGCGGAAUGGAGUGACGACGAGGCGAAAUGGAUCAUUACCAUCAAAAACACCAGCACGAACGAGACUUUCGUCGACCGGGCAGACUUUGUCAUUACUGCGACUGGUCGUUUCAACCACUGGAAACUUCCAGAGUACCCAGGAAUCGGGGACUAUAAAGGAGUGUUAAGACACACCUCGAAUUGGGACCCUUCUUUUGAUCCCAAGGGCAAGAAUGUUGCUGUCAUUGGUAACGGAGCAAGUGGCAUUCAGGUCGUGCCGAACCUCCAACCGAUCGUCAACCGUCUUGACCAUUAUGCGCGGAAUAAAACUUGGAUUGCAGGGUCCUGGGCUGGAGAUGAGAGGACCUUCGAACCGCAAUACUUCUCGGCCGAAGAGUUGGAAUCGUUCAAAGACGAUCAGACUUACCUCAAGUACAGGAAAGAGCUUGAAGCCCAAUACUGGAGGCGGUUUGCCUCCACCUUCCGGGGUUCCCAGGAGAACGAGGAAAUGCGGGAGAAUUUCAUCAAAAUCAUGCGGCAGAGACUGGCCAAGAAACCGGAACUGUUAGACAGCCUUGUGCCUGACUUCAGCCCGAACUGCAGACGACUUACUCCCGGUCCUGGUUAUCUGGAGGCGAUUACGGAGGACAACGUGGAUUUUGUCCAGACUCCCAUCAAACGAUUCACCGAGACUGGAAUUGAGACGGUGGAUGGAAAACAUCGAGAAGUCGACGCCAUCUUCUGCGCCACUGGUUCCCACGCUGUACCUCAAUACAAGAUCAUAGCCCGGGGAGUCAACCUUAGUGAAACGUGGAAGCCUGAGGGAAAGUAUGGUUUCCCAUACACUUACCUUGGUCUGGCCACUCCUGGCUUCCCAAAUCUGUUAUACGUACAUGGGCCUCACGCCGCGGGCCCGUCAGGGACAGUCCCCCAUGCCGUUGAAGUCCAGCUUACGUACUACGCCAAACUUCUGCGGAAAGUGUCCAGUCAAGGGAUCCGGACCGUUGAGCCCUCGAAGCAGGCAGCUGACGACUUUGUCGAAUAUUCUGAUGCAUAUUUCGCAACGACCGUAUUGACGGACAAUUGCAGCUCUUGGGCGAAUGGAGGUAAAGCAGGCCUCAGAAUAUCCGGUAUGUGGCCGGGCAGCGCUGCCCAUGUCACGAUAGUUCGCAAGGAACCCAGAUGGGAGGAUUGGGAGUAUACCUAUUUGGCGAAAAGUCAAAAUAGGUUUGCAUACUUUGGAAACGGCUGGACGACCAAAGAGGCUGAUCCGGAGUCCGACAUUGCGUCGUAUCUCAAAGUCCCUUCGGAGAUCGACUUGAAGGACUUGCACGAGAAAUGGUGGGAUUGGCCCUAG